AUGGGACCGAAAGCAAAGGUCUUUGUUCCUCUUUAUGUGUACCCCGCUCCUGGUGCGUGGGAUCCGCUGGUCAAUGUGAUCUCUGCCCACCCCGAUGUCAACUUUACUGUUGUCGUGAACCCUGGUAGCGGUCCGGGCCCGAACGUCCUGCCUGACGGCAAUUACACUAGGGAGGUUCCCAGAUUAGCCGCUCAUGACAAUGUCCGGCUGCUGGGCUACGUCCCUACGACGUACGCUAAGCGCAACAUGUCGCUGGUGCGCAGAGACAUCGAGACUUACGCCGCAUGGCCAACCGUCAGCGCCAAUCCCAACCUUGCGGUUCGGGGAAUAUUUUUCGAUGAAACGCCGCAACAGUACAACGCUGAAGAUCUGGCGUACCUGAAGGAACUGGCUUCGAUCGUGCGAAGCGCCCCUGGUCUGGGGCCCGACAAUUUCGUUUUUCACAACCCCGGAGUCGUCCCCGACUCUCGCUACCUGUCGACCGCUGACUCGACUGUGGUCUUUGAGGCAACAUAUGACAACUUCCUGGAGCGAGAUGGAGCGAAGAUGUUCGAGCAGAUUCCAGACAGCGACCGCCGCCAACUCUGCGCCGUGAUCCACUCGGUUCCAGACAAUGUGGAAGGGUCACAGCUCCGUGGCUUCGUCAGGCAGGUCCGACGAGUUGCAGACGAGGUGUUUAUUACGCACCUGAGUACCGACUACUAUGCCAACUUUGGCGACCAGUGGGUUGAGUUUGUGAGUUUGAUGGCCCAAUAG